AUGAGGAACCAAAUCGGCUAUCCUGACAUCUUGGACACCACGCUGCGGUUUCAUCUGAUGCAUGUCACGGUCAACUGGGACGUCGAUCGUGCUGUGAUGCAUUACUGGGAGACCGAAAACGCCGCCAAUGCACCGCCGGCGAGACCAAGGUCUGGGGUUCGCACGGACUCCACUGUGGAACGAGAACGCCGCCGCACGGUUCAUCGCAUGCAGCGCAGACUGCGGAGAGGACAGCCGGCGCAGCUCCCGGAAGAGAUGCUACUCGCGCCCGAAGAUGGUGGGCAGCAAGUCGUGCCCCCGGCCCCGGCACCGUUGUCCGCAGAGCGAGCCACUACCAAUGCGGUGAUGAUGACGAUGUUCAAUCAGCAUCGCUUCAACCGGGCUGACGCCGCCGCCGACAUCGACCGCCGUAACGGUUACUACAACGGUAUCGUCGACGAAAUUGCCCGCCUUCGAUCUCGGCCCGAUGGUCAGAUGGCUCGGGAUGAACGUCUGGCUCUGUUCCUCUCCAUCACGGCAACGAACAGCGUGUUUGCGGCCCAGGAAUUCCUCAGCAGACAUCGCUGGGACAUCGCGGUCGCCAUUGAUGAGUGGAUCCGCACUGGCAGGAUCCCUCUGGCGUUCCCUCCCUUCAAAAGUCUCCGAAGCGGACGCCCCAACACUAACCAUGGCCUACGGGGCGUCAAUGCCAAUUGGCCUCGUCGUGUCAUGCACGGCACCAUUCUGGAGUCAAGAGCCGAGCUUGACGCCUUCGACCGAUACAACGCUGACCCCAACCAACCCAUCCGAACCCCCCACCAACCCUACGACGACGAGGAUCAGGUGGAUUCGGAUGUCGAGGACGCUCAUAGCGCUCCACUGACAAAUGGUGCGCGCACCUGUGGUCGGCCCCUUGAUACUGGUACUCCAGUCCCCGGCCAGGAGUACACCGAUGUUGGUCGUGGUCGCAAGCGAAAACGGAUCCCCUCGGGGUUCGUCAUCAACCCCGAUCGCACCCCUGCUAGACUCCACUGCCCCGAUCCGACCAAGUUGUACAUCGAGACCAUAACAAAGGGCAAGUACAAAAUCCGCUACUUCGAGGGCAAGUGCCGGAUCAAGGGUGCCGCCAAGGGGCAGAAGAGAGACUGGCCAUUCCUCUGGGACGACGAGAAUGCCGACACCACCAAAGGGGUCGAAUUCGACUGGCACGACAAGGAACACCUGGCGAAAUUGAACAGGUGGAGGAACAAUGCCUACACCGAGGUCACCGGCUCCACCGUCAGAGAGCCCGUCGGCGACAAGUUCAACAAGUACGAGCAAGACUGGCUCCGUGAGCAAGAGGCAAUGGCCCUUGAAGAGAAAUACCACCAACUUGCCCAGCAAGGUGCCGCUGCCGGUUUCCGGAAUGGCAACAACUUUCCUAUGGGAAUGUCCGACCAGGAGGUUCAGGACCUCACUCAGCGGUUCAACUCCACGUUUGCCGGCAAGUCCAAAUACGACAAGCUCAUUUACCGUUGCAAUCGCCUGCCACCGAGACCGGAUGGUUCCUUCCCUGCCGGGGCUUUUCGAUACACGCCACAAACGGUCACAAAGGACAUGAGGCACGUUGGCACCGUGCCUCGUCCCGCUCGCACUGCGACCGUCAUCAAACAACAGCGCCACAGAAUCCUCAACCUUGCCAAGCACUUCAUGUUCAGUUAUGAGUGGAAGGAAAGCUAUGGCGUUGAGGAUGAGAUCGACCUGGUCGAUGAAUCUGAUUCGGACUUUGUUGACGAGGAUGAUGAUGAUGACGAGGAUGAUGAUGAUGACCAAGGUGGUGACGAUGAUGGGGAUGACGAUGACGACGACGACGGCACUGGCGCGGGUGCUAGUGGUAGUGGCAGUGGUAGUGGGGCUGCCGGCCAUGCGAACAAUGGGAAUGCAGGCGAUGGCAAUGAGGACGACGACGACGAUGAUGAUGAUGAUGCUCCUCCUGCAGACGCCGCUGAUGGCACUGGUGCAUGUGGUGCUGGCGACAGAGAUGAAGCUGUGGAUAUUCUGCAGAACUUCCUCUCCAAGAAACGGAAGCGAUAG